UUUCAUUAUAAGUUACUUGACUUUUUUCUAUUGUGUUCUUGUAAAUAUAAAAAUAGAAGACUUAUCAAGUGUUUAAUUUUGACUUGGUAUGCGAGCUAAGAGACUACUAACUAUUACAACUCGUCCUCUUGACCUUCUCACCAAUGCAACAUGUCAGAGGCAUCAGGGAUAGUACAAGGAUUGGGUAAUCCAUAUAAGAUAGUUGAUCAUGCAAGAGAAAGAAGAAAGGGUAUCACUGCCUCUUCUUUGAAAGAUUUAACUAAUAUUGCUCGAAAUCGCUUGGCUUUACCACCAGAUGCAAAUCUUACAAUUGUAUUAGAGCAAGAUGGAACUGAAGUAGAUGAUGAAGAAUACUUUGCAACUUUGGAAAGAAACACCAGUCUAAUGGUUUUAUAUGGAGAUCAGAAGUGGAUUGCAGCAGGUAGUAGCAAGACUGCUUCUCGUUAUAUUGUUGUAGAUGAUGUGGACAACAUAGAAGGCACUUCAAGAAGUACCGAAAUCAGACGUCGACGUCCACCAAUAGAACCAUUAGUUUCAUCAUUACAUGAUGAUCCAUCACAUAUUUCACUACUUGGUGGAAAUGAUUUAGAACUGCUCAGUGAUAUGGAUCCUGACAGCUUAGCUGAUAUAGUACCUGACAGGAUUUUCCUUGAGCAAUUGAAGGAAGCAUCUGGUCGAUUUCUCGCAGAAAAACGACAAGCACAGGAGUCAAUGGCUCUUCUUCAGAUUUAUGCAAGUGGUGGAGAGAUGGAGCGAGCGUAGGCCAUGUGGGGGGUGGGCGCCCUCACAUUGGCUAAUAUGUAUCGAGUUAGGCGUCGUAUUUUCUAUAAAGGUCGCCAAUUACAACAAACUUUAAUCCUUCUUUGGAAUUGAGCCCAUACAACACUUACUUGCAAGCUUCAAUUGGAGCAAGCAAAAAAUCAUUAUAUUACAACAAAAAAUGAAAAAAUCUAUGGAUUAAGGAUUUACAAUUCUAUUCCAUAUAAAACCUGCUUACCAGGGUUGUUUUGAAGAAAGUGAGAUGAUAAAGAAAUACGUACAGAUACACAAAUAAUUCUAUUUCUAAUUACAAAUGAUUUAUGAAGUAUUUGAAAAUAUCUAUUCCAAAAUUCAGUCCAAUUAUCAGUCCAAUAUCAGUCCAAAAUUAUAAACUUUAAUAACUGAAGAUAAACAAAUUUUUGCUUAUAUAUUUCAUGAGUUAAGUAUUGUAUAAUUAGAUCAGAUUUUAUCUUAUUUUUUCAUUAAUAUAUAUAUAUUUAACUCAAAAAUAGAUACUUUGGACAUGUGUUGAGUUUAGUAUGUGGCAUAUGGAAUUGCUUUAAUACAAAAUAUGAUUAUAAUACAAAUAUAUAAAGUACUUAGUCAUUAAAUAAUCUGAACAUAUUUGAUAAGAAAAAAUAAUGAUGUCAAAGAAGGUAUUCCGUCACGAUGUUAUCAUAUCAGUAUUAGCACAAGAAUAUGUUUUAUUUAUGUAUUUUAUGUAGAUAUAUCCAUACUGAACUUAUGUUCAACGAAGAUUGAUGGAAUAUUUAAGACUGAAUUUAUAGGAAAACAGAUUGCAUCCCCAUUAAAAUCACCAAUUCAUUAAACACUAGAUGUAGUGAUGUAUUAGAAAAAAAAACAAUAUCAAUCCUUUGAUACCAAAUGAAGUUGUGCAUUUGAUAAAAAAAUCAGCAGAAAAUAAAGAAAAUAGACAGGUGUUCCUGAAAAGAUUAUACAUAUGCACAAUUAGUAGAUGAGCUUCAUGGUACUAACUGUUUUUCAUUUGUAAUAAGCAAAAUAAUUUUUAAAUAUUUAAACAAAUUGUUACUUUUUAUUGCAAUUAUGUCGUAUUUUACAUUUUUACAUUACUAUAUGUAAAAGUUGAAUUAUGCUAUAUUCUAAAAAGAAAGAAGAGAGAAAACAGUUAUACAAUGUAUAUGUCUAUUCUUUACAGGUACUCCAUAUUUAAAUAUCGUGACAUUCUUUGAUAUAUAUAUAUAUAUAUAUAUAUAUAUCUUAACAUACAUAUGCCGAAUUUUAGUGUUUACAUUGUUAUCCUUACAAUAAACAUCUAAUUUAUGUCAUGAAAACUAGACAAUGCAACGAUCAAUAUAAGGAUAUUUAUUACUUGGUAAUAUAUAGAUACAUCACUAAACCAAAUUGUAUUUGUUGUGUAUUAGAAUUAUCUUAAUUUCUAAUAAAUUAAAAGAGAAAUUAUUCAUACUUGAACUUCUCAGGUAUGAUAGUACAUAAUUGAUAUAUUGAAUAGACUGCCAAUUAUAAGCAACACACAUCAGUGCUCAAUAUAUUGUAUUUAUGAUUAUUUUUAAUAUUUGCAUUCAAUGCAAUUCUGAAUAACUUUAUUAUUUUCAGUUUAUAGUAUUACUAUAAAUAUAUUUUAUUAACAAGGAUAUAUUACAAACAAACAAACAACUUAUGUUUUAAUAGAAUGUAAAAAACGCGUAUUUAUAAGUUCAUACAGAGCAUUAGAUGCACUUUUAGAUUUAUUAGAUGCAUUACGCAAUUGACAAACCGCCUCUUGUAAGACAAGUUCACUUCUCAAUAACUGUCUGUUGACAGCUGAUAAUUCUUGAACAUCAUUAACAACUGUUCCUUCUGUGAUCUGAAUUAUGUCUUUAUCCAAUGUUUCAUUACAUUCACCUAUAUAAAACAUGAAGGCAACAUUUUUUAUUUGCAUUACAUUAUUAUUGUUAUUAUUUAAAAUAGAUAAUAUUUCAUAAAAAAUAAUUUUUUCUCUUUAUAAAUAUACAAUGUAUCAUUUAUACUAUAUAUACAUUUAAAGUAUAUACUAACAGGAUAAUAUUCUGCUUGUGAGUAAAACAAAUUUUAGGUGCUAUAAGAAAUGGAUCAUAAUCCAUUAAAUUCUUACUUCAGCAAAAAAAUUACAUUAUCAAUAAAAAUGUUUCUGCAUCAAGAAUAUUAUAUACAAUACUGUGUUUUAGCUAUAGGGAUGCAUAUUGUACUACUAUAAUAUUAAUGAAAUAUGAUGUUAUUAAAAGUA